UUCCCUAUUCAGAAUGCCCCUAUCACCACUUUACAAUACGAAAUGACCGUCUCUUCCCCGUCUCCUUCAAUUCCUGGUCCACUACCCAAAGCUGAAAGGGCUUUAGCGUGGUCUGUCUGGAUAUUUCACUCGCUUUUUGCAUUUGUAAUAGCAUAUUGGGUCUCGAAUGGAAAAGCAAAGGGAUGGAUUAAACAUUGGAUGCAGGAUAGUUGCUAUGUCUCCGGUGCAAAAAUGGAUUUAUCCGAUGCGGAAUGGGCUUAUUAUCGGCAAACCGUGUGGCAUCUUCUUCUCGAUUAUUCGGCCCAUAGCUUAGGAAUAUUCAUCUCAAAACGAUUUCUUCCAUGUUCCACGAUCUCAAAUUAUGCCUUUAUCGCCAUCGGUUUCUUGCUCCAAAUUCACAUGAGCAGUUUCCAAUGCAUUUUCGUCCUCUACUCAUUCUCGGUGCUCGUCAUCGUUGCCACGUGGCUCACAGGCGGCUCCAAAUGGACUCCGUGGCUCCUGUGCAUCGUCUUCAUCGUCCGAGCCACACAAAUCGUCCCAUUCUCGUCUGGAACUCACAUUUUCUAUCGAGAAUUCAACAUUUAUCUGUACGGAUCUAUUAAAAUACUCAAUUUGGCCCUUUUUCUAUGCGAUCUGAAACCUGGAAAAUCAGAUUUUUCAAAGAUUAUGGCAGAUAGCCUGAUCUAUUUCUCCUAUCUCCCCUACUCCAUGACACUUAUUGUACGAUUUGAGGAUUUUAUUCAGCAAUUCGAGACGUGGCAAAAGACAACUGAAAUUUGCUGGAAUUCUGUGAAAUGUGCACUUUGGUUUGGUUUUCGACUGGUUUUUUGGUUUGGAUUUAUCGAAUUGAUUUUGCAUUUUAUACAUGUUCAGGCACUUUUCAAUUCACCAGAUUCCCUAGUUAAUAGUCUAAAUUCUUAUGAAGUUUCUGCAAUUGCCUACGUGGCUGGCCAACUAUUCCAUGUGAAAUACGUGGUCAUUUUCGGAGUUCCUGCAUUUUUCGCGGCUCUGGAUGGUUUUCGACCUCCGCCACCACCUAUCUGCAUUUCCAGAGUGUCGCUUUAUUCCAGAAUGUGGAGAUUUUUCGAUAAUGGACUCUAUCAAUUCUUAAAGUAUCAGGUCUAUAUCCCAGCUAUGCGAAAACCGUUGCCUCUAUUUUGGUCCAUUUUGAGAAGUCUUGGGGCUCUGUGUGCAGUUUUUGGUGUUGUUCUAGCUUGGCAUGGAACUCGAAGGCACUUCAUCUUUUGGGUAACAUUAUCAGCAACCGAAUUGAUAGUAGAGCGGAUAGGAUGGCAAAUUUGGAAAAUUCCCAAGGUUCAGCGAAUCAGGAAACGUCUCGGGGAACACUGCUGCAGAAGAAUUAUGGCAACACUCAUGCUUCUCACUGUAACACCAGGAAUUUUCGGAGUUUUCUUCUUUCUUGGACAGGAAGGUGUUGGCGAGACGAUAUCUCAAAACGUGGUCGUGCAAGGAGUAUUAGAUGUAUUUUCAAUUAAUAUAAGUAUUUUCCCAUUAACUGCCGGGUUUGCAUUUCUGCAUAUUUUGACUCUGGGUUAUUUCUUUAAUAAUGUUUGCCUCGAUCUUGAAUUCUACCAAAAACACAAGAAAAUGGUUUAAAACUUGUAUUGUUUGACAAAUAAAGAAAUUAUUUUUGAAA